AUGGAGAGGUCUGGCGGCACGGGUGCGGAGGAAAUGGCAACGAUGUCGACGGCGGCCAGGCUUGCGCGAGCCACGGAGCAUGUCUGGCGGGUUGCAGGGAUGGUGGCGAUGCUCAACGUGCAGGAGUGGGGUCUGGGGGAGGCGCAGAGUGUUGGGGCGGCGCGUGGCCAGUGCACGUCCAUGGGCGACACCCUCGGCAUGCUCUGGUCACCCUGGGCGCGCCUCACCGAGCGUCUUCGCGCUGAGUUUGCCCUCAAGGACUUGGGGUCCCUGCACUACUUCCUCGGCAUCGAGGUCGUACGUCGCACCGACGGCUUCUUCCUCCAUCAGCGCAAGUACGCCCAUGAGCUCCUGGACAGCGCCGGUAUGCUUAAUUGCGAACCCGCGGCCACGCGUGUCGACACGAAGUCCAAGCUCUUCGCCACAGAUGGUUCCUUGGCCACGGACACGUCAUCUUAUCGCUCCAUCGUCGGUGCCCUGCAGUACCUCACCUUGACUCGCCCCGAGCUGCAGUAUGCCAUUCAGCAGGUGUGCCUUCACAUGCACGCUCCGCGGGAUCCUCAUUGGGCUACGGUCAAGCGGAUCCUCCGCUACAUUCGUGGUACCAUGGACUUCGGUCUCUCCCUCCACGCCUCCACCGCCACGGACAUCGUCGCCUACUCAGACGCCCAUUGGGCAGGUUGCCCCGACACGCGUCACUCCAUGUCUGGCAACUGCGUCUACUUCGGACCUUCGCUCAUCUCCUGGUCGUCUAAGCAACAGCCCACGGUCUCUCGCUCCAGCGCCGAAGCGGAGUACCGAGCUGUUGCUAACGCGGUUGCUGAAGUCUCCUGGCUGCGGCAACUCCUCGUUGAUCUCUCAUGUCCUGUCGCCAAAGCCAUCGUGGUCUACUGCGACAACAUCUCCGCCGUCUACCUCUCCGCCAACCCGGUGGCACUUGGACACAUUCGAGUACUUCAUGUGCCCACCUCCCAAUAA